GAUUUUGUUUGUUUUCUCGUGAGCUUAGGCCGCUGGUUUUGGUAAUUUUGUCUGAUUGCAAUGUCUGGACGUGGUAAGCAGGGAGGCAAAGCUCGCGCCAAAGCGAAAUCCCGCUCUUCUCGCGCUGGUCUCCAGUUCCCGGUGGGCCGAGUGCACCGCCUGCUCCGCAAAGGCAACUACGCAGAGCGGGUUGGGGCAGGCGCGCCGGUGUACCUGGCGGCGGUGUUAGAGUACCUGACCGCCGAGAUCCUGGAGCUGGCCGGCAACGCGGCUCGCGACAACAAGAAGACUCGCAUCAUCCCGCGCCACUUGCAGCUGGCCAUCCGCAACGACGAGGAGCUCAACAAACUGCUAGGCCGGGUGACCAUUGCUCAGGGCGGCGUCCUUCCUAACAUCCAGGCCGUGCUUCUGCCUAAGAAGACCGAGAGUCACCACAAGGCCAAGGGCAAGUGAUUUGACAGGCAUCUGAGCUCCCGGAAACGCUAUCAAACCCAAAGGCUCUUUUCAGAGCCCCCCUACCGUUUCAAAGGAAGAGCUAACCUCACUGCUUGUAGGUAGAAGGAAAAAAGGUACUAAGAAAAUGUCUUCUGAGGCUGAUCUGGUGUCUCACAUCUGUAAUCCCAGCACUUGGGGAGGCUGAGGUUGCAAAAGCUUCUCAUUUCAGAGAGAUGCCAGGAUCCUAAGUGCCUGCCAAACUUACCAAUUCUAAGGAAUAAGUGGAUGGAUGGCAUUACUGAUUCCUACAUUACUGAUUGAUUCUGCAUCCGCAAAUUGUUUUAUUAAAAACAUUCUACAUCAUGUGUGGGGAGAUAAGGAGGAUAAAAUGAAGAGAAAGAAUAUUAUUGAGGGGAAGUUCUUCUGAAUACAAAAUGUGUUUAUUUUUUUAAAUAAGUAUUACAUUCACAGGGUUCAAACUAUUUGAAGUAAAGAGAUAUAUAUAAAGAAUCCAUCCCUCAACUUACCCAGGUGGUCACUUUUCUUUUUCUUGUGUAUCUGCCCAGUAUUCAUUCCUGCUGAUAUCAGUCAAUAAUGAAUGAUACGUGUUUUCUUCACUUUUUUCAUUCUUGUCAGGUAGCAGACUGUGUAGACUUUUCUGCACUUGCCCUUUUCAUAACAAUCUAUCUUGGAGAACUUUCCCUAUGAGAACAUACAGAGCUUCCUAUACACAGUUGCAUGUACUGCAUUAUGCAAAUGCAUUAUAUUUUAUGUAACCUGUCCACUGUUGGUAGGCACUUGAGUUGUUUUAGUCUUUUGCUAUCAAACAGUUCUGGGAUGAUUAACCCUGAUUUACUGCAAAAUUGAAAUUGCUCUGCUAUUCUGCUGGAAUGGUGGUAAGUGAACUGAAAAUUCCAGUCACUCUUGGGCUAGACUCAAGGUUCUUAAAAACUAUGUGGCCAUCACCAAAUUAGUUAUUUUGAACCUUAAUUUCUUCACCUCUAAAAUGGAGGUAAUACUUACCUUAAGUGGCUAUGAGAAUGAAGAUCAUGUGUAUGAAUUGUUUGGUGCUCUAAAGAACAGCACAAAUAAAAUUAUUUUCAAAUUUAA